UUUGAAGCAGCAUUGAUGUAUAUAGCGAGUUAUUUAAGUUCGCUGAUGCAGAUGUCUCGACUCGUGAAGAAAUCUCCCUCUGUCUGUACGGAUCUUCUUCUGAACAGCUCAGAUGUUUGUAACAAACUCCGCCUGAUGAAGGAGCUUCUCAAGUCUUCUUACGGUCCUACUGCCAGGCUGAAACAAGUUCAUAACAACAUCGGAGGGGCCGUAGUGACCACCUCCACCUCAUCUGUUCUGCUUCAAGCCAUUUCCUCUUCUCAUCCCAUCAUCAGUCUGAUAAAAGGCUCCAUUCUGAAUCACGUCUCCCGCUUUAGUGACUGUGGUUUGUUCGCUUCUGUUUUCUGUCUGUCUCUAAUUGAAGAAGCAGGGCGGUGUGACCUCAGCAAAAACGUGAUAAUCAGAGUAAACAAACACAUUCUGUCUCUUUGCACUGCUCAUCUACAACAAGAGGACUGUGGUUGUAAAGUCCAGCUGGAUUUUUGCAGCAGCCAGAGUUUGAUUACUUUAGCUCGCAGUGUUAUCUCGAGCAAACCGACAUGUGUGCUUUCAGAACCAGAAUCAACUCACAUCAGCAGGCUGGCUGUUCAAGCCUUCUUACUGACUGUUCCUUGCAACAUCCCAGAUAAAGUCCGGCUUGGCAGAACAGUAAUUAUCCCAAUAGAGGGGCACUCUGUGCAGAAAUCAGCUGUCUUUCCAGGCCUACUAUUGGACACGCCUGAAAACAUUUCCCUUGGCAAUCUUUGUAGUCCACUGCGUAUGGUUCUGUUCAGUGCAUCUCUGGCUGGAGAUCUUGGUGAACUUGGAGAUGGUAGGAUCGAGGUGCAUCAGGGUGUGGACACUGACUCACAGAUCCUGGGUCAGCUUUUGGAACUUGGAAAGCAGGUGCUUAAAGAUGAGGUGAAGUUAUUUGUGUGUCAGAAGGUCAUCCACCCAGUGCUGCAGCACUACUUGAGAUGCAAUGCUAUAAUAGUCAUAGAGAGACUUGGAAUCAGCCUCAUGGAGCCACUUAUUCAGCUGACAGGUGCUCAGCCUGUGGCAACACUGCACACCACAAUCCCUCGUGAAGCCUAUGGGGAGGUCCAUAAUGUCAGUGUUAGGCAGUUUGGAUCCAAGACAAAGCUGCAUUUACACCCUGCUGGGAAAACAACCACCUGUACCACGAUCCUCUGCCACAGGAAUGAAACGAUGCUCAAUGAACUGAAGCUGGUGUGCCAGAAGGCGGAGCAUGUGUUGAGGCUCACUCUGAGGGAGCCGUGUGCUUUACUCGGAGGUGGCUGCACUGAAACCCACUUAGCUGCUUAUGUCAGACACCAGAGCAAGAAUAACGUGUCGGAGUCCUCACCCGUUUUGGGCUGCUCACAGACGGAGUACCUUGUUGCUGCUGAGGCGUUCUGUCGCUCUCUGGAGUCGGUGGCCACAUCUCUAGAGCACGACGACGGGGCUUCUCUCAUCGACCUGACUCACGCACACCACUGGACUCUCCCUUCAGAUGUUACAGAGGAACAUCUGGAGGACGCUACGGCACUCUGUGGCUGUGGAGUGGUACAAAGCUGCCAAAAUAAAAAGUGGAGCUACCUAAACACUGAAUAUGCAGAGUUUUCCCCGGCACCCUUGUUAACAGCGUCACCGCUGCAGCCGACCGUACUCGACUCCUUCACAGCUAAAGUUAACGCGUUAGAAGUUGCCGUGGAAACUGCUAAUCUUGUACUGGAUGUGAGAUAUGUCAUUCAGGAUGUGAACUAACGAGAUGUGUUAUCAAGAAUGACAUAACGUCACAGACACUCUUUUGUGAUUUUUAAUUUUAUUAUUAUUCUAUGUAAACAGUAAAUGAAUACACAUCAAUAUAGCAUCCCCACUGUAAAACAAAAUGGUGGCACCUUCAUGCUUUGGGAAUGUUGGUCUUCAGCAGGAAGCAGGAAGUUCCAACCAUCUCUUCCAUGGAUCAUUAUCCUCAACUCCAACGUCUUUCUAACCAUAAGGCCAUAGAUAUAAAGAGGAGCAGCAAAAGCAAAUGAGAUGGAUUAGCAGAGCUUGUUAACAACUUAUGGUCUCAUCCAGGACAUGUUACUGUGGAACAUCGUCUACUGCCCAUAUAUUGAGCUGUUGGCAUACAUGACAGCCUUCAGAAUAUUAUUCAGUGAGAACUCUUUUCAGAUUUAUUACAUUACUGACUGCUACCAAAGAUCCUUCCUGCCCACAGCAUCACCAUCCAUGACAACUUUUUGACGACACUUUAAUAUCAGUUACGACAAUAUUUAUUUUCCCUUUGCAAUAAAUUAUUUUUUAAAUUUAAAUAAAAUUUGAAAAGUGCAACACAUAAACACAAAACAGUUUUGUUCUUGUACUGUUUGCAAUCAGCAUUAGAGCACAAUUGGAUAUUUGGAGUGCUGGUCAGAAGUUUAUGUGCAUUCAUCUUGCACUUCAGUCCCUCUGUGUUUGCAGCAGGAUGCUGCAUAUCUUCUAUAAGUUUGUUUUGGAGUGUGUAAUCUCUUUGAUCAUCAUCUGUUGGGGCAACAGCAUCAGAGCGAGGGACAACAGAGUCGGUGAGAAAAGCUCAACAAGCUGAUAAAGAAGGUUGGCUGUUUUCUGGACUGCUCUGGGGAUGAUGGUGCAAAGAAGAACUUUUCAUAAAGCCAAGAAAAUUUUGGACAAUCCUUAGCAUCCUCUACAUCAUAACAAAAACAGUUUUUAGUCAGAGGUUUCUUCAAAGCUGCUUUAAUACAGACUGCUACAAAAUAUCCUUCCUACCGAGAGCCAUUAGCAUCUACAACUCUGAAUACAUUUUUUAUAAAAUGAGUUACAAUGUUGAACUAUUUAAAGCCUAUUACCAGAAAUAAUGGUGACUGGCCUGAAACCUUCUUGUGCUUUAUCUAGUUCAGAGGGUCAAAGUGCUUUACACUACAGUUAGUCAUCCAUUCAUCUGACAGACGAGUGGGGAUAUGAAUUAGUAACCCACCAUUUACAGAACAAACGCCUGCCUCAGACAAUCAGAACAUCAAACUUUUUUUUAAUUGAACUGGUUAUUACCCACCUUAAAAAAAAAACCUUA